CCGCCUCCUGUCAGCGAGCAGCCCGACCCGGCUCGCCCGUGAGGGGCUGCCGCCGCGGGGAAAGGGGGCCGGCGGCGGCGGCGGCGGGGUGGAGCGGAGCGGGGCGGCCCCGGCCCCGUGUGGGGGAGCGGCGUCCCCCCCGCAAGCCUCGCUGCCCCGUCCCGUCCCGUCCGGUCGUCGUCGUCGUCGCCGCCGCGGUUCAUGAGGUGAAGAUGGUGAUCCGAGUCUUCGUCGCCUCCUCCUCGGGCUCGGUGGCGAUAAAGAAGAGGCAACAAGAUGUGGUGAGGUUUCUGGAAGCCAAUCGCAUAGAGUUUGAAGAAGUGGAUAUCACGAUGUCAGAGGAGAAAAGACAAUGGAUGUAUAAAAAUAUUCCUGAGGAUAGGCAGCCCGCACAAGGCAACCCACUGCCACCACAAAUAUUCAGUGAUGAUCGGUACUGUGGAGAUUACGAUGGCUUUUUUGAAUCAAAGGAGAGCAACACUGUCUUCUCCUUUCUUAGGCUGAAACCUACUUUGGCAUCAAAGGGGUCAGAACCCUAGAAAACCUAUCUGAAGUAUUGACAAGCACAUCUUCUGGAUGAAUGACCCUGUUCUUCAGCACACAACAGCUUCCCUAAUGGAUCACUGUGAUAGAGCAAACACGCAUCAUUAGUAGUAGACUGCUUGCCGUGAGACGAUGCUCUCCAAUAAUGUGGACUUAACAACACAUAUAUGAAACAGGAUUAAGGCCUGGCUACUCAUCUUCCUUUUUAAAAGCACUCAUUGUUGAUGUUUCACUUAUGUCUUUGGGUUGCUUUUGCAACUGGCACUGGUAUUCUAACAGACAUAAUAUGUUUGAGAAUAAGGAGUGGAAGCGUAGGACUUCUGUCAUUCGUGGAUAUCCUUAUGUAGUCAGAUUCCUUACCUUUUCUAAUCAUUCCAACUACUGUAGUUGAAAUUAGCUCAUCAUGAUAGUUAAAGUGCUGGUGGUUACUAGAAAGCUUGUGCUGGCUAUGAUCCAGAAGGUAAAAAUCACCAAUCUUAAGAUCUCAGCCUAAGCCAAUAACUGUCAUAUUUUUCCUCUACACCUGUUUCUUGUGAUGUUUAUGCUAGGUCACGUUUAUUGUAAGAGACCUGGGCUGCUAACCCUGUUCAUGAAAACUUGAUUUGUCUAAUGAUGCACACUGCAACUGACUGUUUAAAAACAGUUAUCAUGAAGGAGGUGCCAAAGUGAAAUAUUUUGACAUGGUUCCUGUUCCAAAAGCAGGUGAAAUGUGCAGCAAAAUACUUGGUGGAAGAUAACUAGGUAGUUCAGAAGAAAAGGUCUCAUAGCUAAUGUUAAUAUUAAGUUAUCUCUUAACUGAGAAAUGCUCAACAUCUGAAGUUGGAGCUCUAGGGUUGAACUGUCUUAAAAUUAAAUUUUGCCAAAACCUUGAGUUUACCUUCAAUAACACACAGCUCCACCAUUAGCCCCAUGACCAUCGGGAGGAUACUUUGAGAGGCAGCGGUCAGUUCCAUGGGUGGUUAAACACUCUACCAUGGUGCAAGAGCACACCUAACUCACCCAGCUGUUGUCCCGGUUAUAUCCCCAGGUGUGGAAAUGUGGAGGUGCCUCUAAGACAGUGAGAAAGCUGAGCAUGUGCCCUGCUGGAUAAGGCCACAAUGGUCAGCUCAGCUGAGGGACAGGAGCCAAGUAAAGGAAGUGGAAAUUAUUCCAGUGGGACUGCAUUGAUGCACAUAGCAGAACUUAGGCCCAUGACUUGCCAAUAACCAUUACAAAAUGCAUUCUAGACAGAAGUCAAAUUACAUCAUGCAUUUUGAAUCAAGUCUGGCUAUGAAAAUAACAGCUAUGCUUGAAUGUGGCUUUUACUCAAGUGAUUUCAUAAUGACAGGGUAGUGCCAUUCCACUAAAUGUCCUUAUGUCUUUAGGUAAGUGAAAGACAACCAUCAUGUGGGAAAGCUUCUUUGCAAUCACAGCAUCACUCGGACUGUGUGGCUUGAAGGAAGACAAACUUGUAAAAAGCGUCAGAAAGCAGCACUCUCUGUGCAACAAAUCACAUGUUCUGUUAAAAUCAGUAACAGUGACAUCCAAGACAUGUUAGUUGGAAGGGACAUCUGGAGGUCAUCUGGUCCAACACUGUCAAAAUGAUGUCUAACACCAACACCAGCUUGGAUCAGAUAUGGAUUUGUCUAGAAUAAUGUUAAAAAUAUCCAGAGAUGAUCUCAUAACCCUCCAGAUAAUCUCUGCCAGUGCUGCAGUACUCUCCUGGUGAAAACUUUCUUUUAACGUCCAGCCUCAUCUGCUAGGCUGUAAUUUGUGGCUGUUGCCUUUCCUUUGCUAUGUUUCCUGGCACUCACUGGCACCACCCUUUUUGUAACUGCCCUCAAGAUAGUUGUAGGCUGCCAUCAGAUCACUUCUGAGCCGCCUUCUUACCAGACUAAUCAAACCUGGCUUCCUCAACCUCUCUUUACAGGCUGUGUGCUUUACGCCCCUGGCUGCUUUGCUUUGGUGGAUGGUUACUCUUUCCAGUUUGUUCACAUCCCUCUUGAACUGGGAGAAGGUCCCAAAACAAUGUUUUGGAUGUGGCCUCAUCUGUGCUGAGUAGAGGAGGAUAAUAACUUUCCUCAGCCUGCAGGCCACACUUCUGAAGUAGCGCACUGCAUGCUUUCCCCUCUUUGCAGCAAGUACGUUGCUGGCUGAUGUUCAACAUGGCAUUCACUAAAAUCCCCAGGUCUCUUAAGCAAGGGUAUUACUCUGUCAGUCACUCUUACAGCCCAUACUGAUGCUUCACCACCCCCAAGGGCAGAACUUUCUACUUGUCCUUAUCAAACUUUGUGAGGUUUCUGUUAGCCCAGUCCUCAAGGUUAUUGAGAUGCCACCGUACUGACGCUCUGCCAGCUAUCACCAACCACUGAAGCAGGUUCAGGUGUUGGUCACAGAUUUGCUGAGGGUGCACGUUAGUUCAUCAUCCAAGUCCCUGCUGAAGAUGCUGAACAAUAGGAGAACUGUAGCCUCUCAGAUUUUGGACAAUGGCUUGCUCGCGUCUACAGAGGUAUGACACAAACAAUGUUCAUGAUGACCAGUGGCUGGAGUAAAGAACUGGUUACCUUCCUGUUAGUGUUGUCUCAGCUACAAACUGCUUACAGCUGUGUGUCUUUUCCCUCUUGUACAAAGACAGGAAAGCUUUAAAAAAUGCAACGUUAAAGGAGUCCAUCCAUAAAUCAGUUUCUGUUUGGUUCCUCUGGUGCCUCCUCAGCUCAGUUAAAGGGCUAGGUGGAGCAAGUGCACACACAGAUUUCAAGUCCAUGGUUGUCUUUACUGGUCAAAAUCUUUGCUACAGCACCUUCUCUAGAGGAAGCCUGAAUGGGAGUUGAUAACAUGCAUAUACAGGUAUGUAUAUACAUAUAUGUAUGUGCAUUUUUAAGACUUAUGUUGUCUGUGGUAAGUUACAGUGACGUUCUUGUCACCUAUCCCAUAUUGUCGUGAGACUUGAACCUCCCUAUAGGAAGGGUAUGUGACACGAGGUGGAGCUGUACAUUGUUAACUUUGCCAAGUUCAAUGUAACUAUCCCUAAAAAAAAAAAGUUAAAGAAAAAUAUUUAACUUUGCAAAUUAAUACAGAUAUAAAUUUACAUAAUUAUGCAGUUGAUUACAGAGAAGCCAUCCUGGAUUUAUCAUGUACUUGAUAUGUUGUAAACUUUGAGAACUUCCUGAAGUCCCAGUUUCUAAAAACCCAGGCUUACUGAUGUGAAAGGCAAAACCACAUUGAUUUCUCCAGGGGUGAAAGUAGUUUCACAAAACUCCUCUUGAAUUUUGAUAAUUGCAGAAUAGCAGCCUCCCGUUCAGUGGAGAGCUAGUUCUGUUACAGCUGCUAGAUUAUUUCAGAGCACGCAUGUAGGCAUAAUCAGUUGUAUGGAGGACAACACUAGCUCCAAAGAUAUCCUGCUUGCUUGCAUGGAUUGGCAGUGUAUGUCCCUUAGAGUACGUGCUUUUGAAUUAUAAGUGGCUAGUUUUUUUAAAAAAAAGUACACGUGUUGCUUGAAUGUGAAUUUGGUCUGUUUUGUGACAGCCUUAUUUUUGUAAUUAAAGCAAGUAGAGAUCUAGUUUGUUACAUAAGAUGAUCUGGAGUUUUUUAAACCAGUUUUGUAAUAAUGAAAUGUAACUAUCAGGUAACUGAAAAGGUCUGUGGAAACUAGAGCCAUUUAUUGAAAGAAGUAGCAUAAUCUUAACUCUGUUUAAAAAAAAUUGCAUGUAAAGGAAUGUUUGAGAACCAAAUGAUCCCAAUCUUUAGCUAAUACUUGUAACUACCCCACUUUUUAAAAGGGAGAGCAGUGUGAAUUAAACUGUAAAUCUUUGUACCUAGCUGAAGUUGCUGUGUGGGCUGCCGUGCACAUGCACAGUCACUGUAUCAGUGGCUUUGACAGAGGUGGUUUUGUUUGUGCCACACAGUACUGGAUAGUGCCUUGCCAGAAAGAGGACUGUUUCUUUAGGGUCUUCUUAGAUGUGCUUAAACUUUGAACUGAGAAGGGGGUAGCUUCUAUAUUGCUAUUUUUUUAAUAAUGCAGGAAAUUGAUAUUGAGGCCUGAGUCAAAAGACACAUGCUUUGUAAGGUUGAAACAGUUUUUGAUGACUCUUCUGAACUCUUGAUUUCUUCUUAGUGUGGCUUUUUUUUUUCCUUGUUGACUGUCUAGAAUCAAACUGUCCAAGGGAAGUGGACCUGGAGUAAAGCCCCUAAAUCCAUGUUUACACUUUAAAAUAACUAUCUGAUUCAAGUGUUGAGCAGCCCAAAUGCCAUCACUGAAAUAAAGAGGAGCUACCAAGCUCUCGGUGGAUUUCUUGGUUGUCCCUCCCUGCCUUGUCCCCCUGCCAGGCCAUUUAUGUAGGGAGUCCAAUUCUGGGAAUACCACCAUUCAGAAGUAGGACCCUGAGACUUUAGGCAGUGCCUUGUGACACCUCACAGGAGUGCCAGAGUGGGGUCCUCACCAGGGAAGUGCCAAAUCCCAUUAGUCUUCCUUCAGUGGCUUGUCCACUGGUUCCCCUAGACCUUGCCGCGGGAGGAGGAGGGAGCCCCGCACAGAGGGCGGGAGUGGCAGACACGGUGCGGGCCGGUCCGUGGCUCGCUGCCGGCACCCAGGGCAGAUCCAGCUUACUUCCUUCUUCCUAUUCUUCACCUCUUCCUCAUGUGCUUUGUCCUGUCCUGUGUAGACCUACCUGCAUGCAAAGCUUCCACUCCCGGCCAUUUGUAACAUCCCUGUGAGGUCCCAAACGCAGAGCUGGUGUUCACCUUCACGGCGUCAGUGUUUCGUAACCCAGUGGGAGAGGGAGCACGUUGCAUCCUAGGCUGUGUACACGUGGAGUUUUAAAUUCUGUAUUAAAACCGUGUUCAUCUAAUAAAAAAAUGUAAUUCAAAAAA